GCACGAUUGGUGGAUGAGUGGAGCAACACAACACAACGUUUCAACCAUGGCCACGUUACAGUGCAAUUCUCUUGCACUCAACAAGCCUUGUUACCCCAUAAGAAGACCCUUCUCGCAACCCGUUUUCUCUUCCACCCCUUUUGUUCCAACCACUUCAAUCUGCACAAGUUCCACUACCUCAAAUUCAAGGCGGGGUUAUGCUGUUUCUGCUGUCGUGUCCGAAGAGAACACAGUUGACUCCUCUUUCUCUGCAGCUGAUGUCUUCAAACUCACCUAUUUAGAGGGAAACAGUUGGCUCUGGAAUGUGGGUGGGACGAACAUAUUGGUUGAUCCAAUUUUGGUGGGAAACUUAGAUUUUGGAAUUCCUUGGCUAUAUGAUGCUGCUAAGAAAGUGUUAAAGAAGUUCCAGCUCGAUGAUCUUCCAGAAAUCAAUUGUGUACUCAUUACUCAAAGCCUUGAUGAUCACUGUCAUUUGAAGACCUUAAGGCCCUUCUCUCAGAAAUUCCCAAAUAUUAGAGUUAUAGCAACUCCUAAUGCCAAGGGCUUGUUGGAUCCUCUUUUCAGAAAUGUUACGUAUUUAGAACCUGGACAGAGUUCUGAUAUUGAAACAAAUUACGGUUCUAAGGUUAGUGUUAAGGCUACAGCAGGACCAGUUCUUGGACCUCCUUGGCAACGCCCUGAGAAUGGGUAUCUUGUUAGAUCCCCACAGGGCCAGUUGUCUCUCUACUACGAACCCCACUGUGUAUAUAAUCAAAGUUUCGUUGAGAAGGAAAAGGCAGAUAUUGUGAUAACACCAGUCAUAAAGCAACUUUUGCCCAAUUUUACCUUGGUUUCAGGACAAGAAGAUGCAGUGAAACUUGCAAAGCUGCUUCAAGCCAAGUUCAUUGUGCCAAUGAAAAAUGGAGACCUAGAUAGCAAAGGGCUUCUUGCAAGCUUAGUUAGGGGGGAAGGAACAGUUGAAUCAUUUAAGGAACUUUUAUCAAAAGAAUUACCAGAUGCAAAGGUUGUAGAACCUGCCCCAGGAGUACCAGUGGAAAUUUCAGCAAAUUAAGGCUGUAAAUUUUAAAGAUUGUAGAACAAUAAUUUAUUCUUGUCCCCUUUGCCUACCCCUGUUUCCUUCAUUUUCAUUUUUCUUUGGGGGCCAAAUGGGACAACAGUAUCUUUCAGGGGAAGGAUACAUUAUCUAUGGUGAAAGACAGACACUUUUUGUAACAUCCCAAUGAUUACUUCUUCCCCAAUAUAUGUGUGCCUGUGCUGUGUGGUGGUUUAUGUGCUAUAUGUGUGAUAGUUUAGAGCUAAAUUAUCUUUAGCUGAUUAUGUAAUAUGUUGCAGAUAGAGCUUCUUGAUACAAGAAAGGUCAGCAAAACUCUCUUAACACUUAUUUUUCAA